AUGUACUGCAACACAAGAAUGCAUAAUUUGUACUUUUUGAGGUAUCAGAGCAAAAUCCAAUACCAUUGCAUUAGUAAUAACUGUUACUGCAAUGGAAAUAAGGACACCUGUACAUGCUACAGUAGCACUUUGUCCUCCUGCUUCUGUGAGACUUACAACAAUAGCAUUGCUCUCACUACAGCAGUUAGUUCAGUUACAGACCCUGACUGUGUGCGUCUUAAUGAUAUGUACAUCUGCACUGGUGCUCAGUAUCGCAUGUACUGCAACACACAUAUGCAUGACUUCUCCUACCAGAGAUCUCAGUACAAAUACCAGUACCUGUGUGUGAAUAAUGACUGUGACUGCUUUGGUAAUAGGGACACCUGUACAUGCUCUACUAGCACUUUGUCCUCCUGCUUCUGUAAGACUUAUGGCAAUAUCACUGCUCUCACUAUAGCAAUUAGUCCAGUCUAUGACUGUGCGCGUUAUAAUGACCUGUACAUCUGCACUGGUGCUCAGUACCACAUGUAUUGCAACACAAGUGUACAUGAUUUCGAUUAUGAUAGAUACCAUUACUACUGUUUAAAUAAUAACUGUUACUGCUUUGGUAAUAAGGACACCUGUACAUGCUACAGUAGCACUUCAUCCUCUUGCUUCUGUACAAAUUACAGCAGUAGCAUCACUAUUCCUGCAGCAGUUAGUCCAGUUUAUGACUGUGGGCUUUAUAACGACACUUACAUCUGCACUGGUGCUCAGUACCACAUGUACUGCGACACAAGAAUGCAUAAUUUCUACUACUGGAAAUAUAAAAACCAAAACCAAUAUGAAUAUGAAUGCUGGGGUAAUAACUGUUACUGCUUUGGUAAUAAGGACACCUGUACAUGCUACAGUAGCACUUUGUCCUCCUGCUUCUGUAAUACUUAUGGAAAUAUCACUGCUCUCACUACAGCUAUUAGUCCAGUCUAUGACUGUGGGCUUUAUAAUGACAUAUACAUCUGCACUGGUGCUCAGUACCGCAUCUACUGCGACACAAGAAUGAAUCAUUUCUUCUACUUGAAAUAUAGAAACCAAAACCAAUAUGAAUGCUGGGGUAAUAACUGUGACUGCUUUGGUAAUAAGGACACCUGUACAUGCUACAGUAGCACUUCAUCCUCCUGCUUCUGUACAAAUAACAGCAGUAGCAUCACUAUUCCUGCAGCAGUUAGUCCAGUCUAUGACUGUGGGCUUCAUAACGACACUUACAUCUGCACUGGUGCUCAGUACCGCAUGUUCUGCAAUACAAGAAUGCAUUAUUUCUACUACUGGAUAUAUAGAAACCAAAACCAAUAUGAAUGCUGGGGUAAUAACUGUUACUGCUUUGGUAAUAAGGACACCUGUACAUGCUACAGUAGCACUUUGUCCUCCUGUUUCUGUGAGACUAACAUCUUCACAACUAUUGCAGGUGAGCGUGUUUCUAGACCUGAAUAUCUGAUUAUCGCACUGCCGGAUCAAUGCAGGACCUCAGAAGGAUGUCUUCAAAAUCUUCUUGAGCAGAUAGAGAACAGUGCAGCUCAAGAGCUCCCUGUGACUACUGUGAUGAGCAUUUUGACUGUGGUCUUCAACACUUCAGAGAAGAUAUUAGAGUCAUCAUCAGUAAACCCAGCUGAACUAGCCUCUUAUGGAAACAGUGUGUUAAAAGCCAGCGAGAAACUCAUUUCUACAUUAGUGAAGCAGACAGACACAAGUAACCGUGUCAGUUUUACUUUUGCUGCUGUAGAGAUAGAAGUCUUCAUGGUUGGACCACAGGUCACCUUAGAGAAAAUCCCUCGACUUAAAACAAGAAGUUCUGCUGUGGACAUCGAUCUCAUUGGGAUCGCCAGGAACAACCAUGAAAGAUCAGCUGCUGUGGCUUUCAUGAGCUACAACGCGAUGGAGAAUCUACUGAAGCCAGACUUCUUCAACACAUCAAAAGACACGGUUAACACCAUGAUGUCCACUGUGAUCUCAGCUACUCUUCCCAAAACCACCAACACUGAACUCACCAAACCAGUCAACUUCACCCUCAAACACAUCAGAGAGUUUGAUCCCAGCGGUUCUCUGUUCUGUGUGUACUGGAAUAUCAGCGAGUGGAUUGUAGAUGGUUGUUCUGUUUUAAAGACCAACAGCAGCUACACUGUGUGUUCCUGUCAUCAUCUGUCGACAUUCGCUCUCAUACAAACCAGCCAUCAGUCAGAGAGUGACUCACAUCUGGUGAUUUUGGUGUGUGUGAUCGUGGGACUGGUGUUCAUCAGUUUGGCUCUGUUGACCUUUGCCCUUUAUAAGUGGAGUCCUCUGCGUGAUUGGAUGCGAGGUUGCGUUGUGCUGGGACCUGAAGGCUACAACAGGGAAGAGUUACACAGCAGUACACAAAGUUCUUCAGAUGUCUUUGCUGUGGACUCAAACUCAACAGCAUCAAAAGUGUCCCAAAAAACACUGAGGAACACAACAUCAUGGUGUAACAGUAGAACUUUGUCCUCCUGCUUCUGCGAGACUUAUGGCAAUAUCAUUGCUCUCAAUACAGCAGUUACUCCAGCUUAUGACUGUGCGCGUUAUAAUGACCUGUACAUCUGUACUGGUGCUCAGUACCACAUGUGUAACUGGGAUGCCAACAAAGUUCCUUCCAGCAAAUUGUGGAGGGAUGCAGUUCCCCUUCUAGGGAACUCAACGCUGCAUCCUAGUGGACACUUUGGGGAACGCUGUCUGCGUGAUCGGUACCUGAAGCAUGCAUAA